UUUUGCCAUAUUGAUGUCAGUACUUGAUAGUGAAUAUGAUAAUUAUGAUAUGUAUCUUGAAGAUCUAGUUGGUACACCAACUCCAUUUGAAAAUUCAAAUUAUGAUAAAAAUCAAUAUUAUAUAGGGCAACCUCAAAACGAUAGAAUCAUAUUCUUCGUGAAAGCAAUAUUAGAUUUAACUGUGUUAAGUUUAAUACUGUUGGGAAAAACAAAAGCCACAA